AAAUUUUGACCCCUGCACGGCCGACGCGAGUCUCAAGAAAUUCCACGCGCUUUGCAUGAGAACAAAGAAGAGCUCUAAAUCUACCACCAAGAUACGAAAAGAUCCAUUUUAAGCUCGACCAGUUUCUCUCAUCCUGAAAGAAUCUUGCAACACGUUCCCAGUGAUCUCCGUACAGCGUUCUCAAAGAUGCAGGCCCCGGUGCUGGUUAUGAACACCCAGAGUGGUGAGAGACAAACCGGAAGAAAAGCUCAGCUCUCCAACAUCACAGCAGCAAAAACCGUCGCAGACAUCAUCCGAUCAUGUUUAGGACCGAAGGCUAUGCUGAAGAUGCUGCUAGAUCCUAUGGGAGGCAUCGUGUUGACAAAUGACGGUCAUGCCAUCCUUCGAGAAAUCGAAGUCUCGCAUCCGGCCGCAAAGAGCAUGAUCGAGCUCAGCAGAACACAAGACGAGGAAGUUGGAGAUGGAACUACGACAGUCAUCAUUCUUGCUGGUGAGAUACUUGCGCAAGCGCUGCCACAAUUAGAGCGAAACAUCCACCCUGUUGUGAUCAUCUCCGCCUUCAAGCACGCCCUUAAAGAUGCCCUCGAGAUUAUCGACGAGAUCUCCCUCCCUGUCGACAUCGACGACGACCAAGCCAUGUACCAGCUGAUAUCCUCCUCCAUCGGCACGAAGUUCGUCUCGAGAUGGUCAGAACUGAUGUGCAAUCUCGCUCUCAAAGCUGUACGAACUGUAACAUUCGACAUCGGUGGUGGCAAGAAGGAAGUCGAUAUCAAGCGUUACGCAAGAGUUGAGAAGGUCCCAGGUGGUGAGAUUGAAGACAGCAGAGUUUUGGACGGUGUUAUGCUCAACAAGGAUAUUACACAUCCUAAGAUGAGAAGACGGAUAGAAAAUCCUAGAAUUGUGCUGUUAGAUUGCACGCUGGAGUACAAGAAGGGAGAAUCUCAGACGAAUAUUGAGAUCAGCAAGGAGGAGGACUGGAAUAAGAUUUUACAGAUUGAGGAGGAGCAGGUUAAGCUUAUGUGUGAUGCUAUUCUGGCUGUCAAGCCGGAUUUGGUCAUCACUGAGAAGGGAGUCUCUGAUCUCGCCCAACAUUACCUGAUGAAGGGCAACAUUACUGCCCUACGCCGAGUCCGCAAGACAGACAACAACAGAAUAGCCCGUGCCGUCGGUGCCACCGUUGUAAACCGAGUCGACGACCUCACAGAAGCAGAUGUAGGAACCCAAUGCGGACUUUUCGAAAUCGAGAAGAUUGGUGACGAGUACUUCACUUUCCUGACCAAGUGCAAAUCUCCCAAGGCAUGCACUAUUCUCCUGAGAGGUCCAUCAAAAGACAUCUUGAACGAGAUUGACCGAAAUUUGGCGGAUGCUAUGGCUGUUGCGAGGAACGUCAUGUUCCACCCAAGGCUUUCACCGGGCGGUGGAGCUACGGAAAUGGCUGUUGCUGUCAGAUUAGGGCAGUUGGCAAAGAGCAUUGAGGGUGUUCAGCAGUGGCCAUACAAGGCUGUUGCUGAGGCUAUGGAAGUCAUCCCGAGAACUCUUAUCCAGAAUGCCGGUGCCAGCCCUGUCAGAGUUCUCACUGCCCUGAGAGCCAAGCACGCAGAAGGUGGAAGCACCUGGGGUAUUGAUGGUGACACUGGAAAGCUUGUGGACAUGAAGGAAUAUGGUGUUUGGGAGCCGGAGGCAGUCAAAUUGCAAAGUAUCAAGACCGCAAUUGAGUCCGCCUGCCUGCUUCUGAGAGUAGACGAUAUCUGUAGUGCAAAGGCUGCAAGACAAGCUGGAGGCGGCGGUGCUCCCGGCACUGGGGAGGAAUAGAUAGUCCUUGUAUCAUAGCAUAGAGCUCAAGGCCAAUGCAUGUGAGAAUUUCAUGCCAGUGUCGUCUGCUUGUUCUCCUUAACCCUCCUUAGAUGGUUUCAAAAUCGUCGAGCUCCUUUCCAAGUCAUAACGUCAAGGUCCUCAAUCAUCAUCGUGAAUCACAAUCCCAGCCUCCUCACUCACUACACCAGCCAUUCCCUCCCCGUCCUCGGGCCCCU